AAGUUGACGUUGACAAUUUAGACACGGGCCUCAAGCUAGAGCUGGGCAUCAGUAUCGUAUAUGUACCGUACAUUCCAAAUUUUUACUUUAAAGCUGUCUUGCUGUCGGGCUUCAGCGCGGUCGAUAUUUAAAAAUCUAGUGGCUUGGAAAACAAUUGAAUGUUGGUUUGUAACGAUUGUUGUUUCUAAAUAAGGGACAUACAUUGUUCAUUCUGUGAUUUAUCAAAAAAAAAUGGCAGACGAAAACCCACAACAGCCUAUGGAUCAGGAGGAAGCCAAUACGUCAUCGGGUAGUGCGCAGCCCCCUCCGCCCAAUAAUGAAUUACAGGCCUUAAAAGGCCAAUUAGACCAUGUCCUGCAGGGCAUAAAUUACAUGGCCGAGCGGCUAAAGUUUUUAGAGGAAAAACAAAAUGAGGCCUCUAAGGAGAGGGAGGAAGAGAAAAAAAGAAAAGAAGAGGAAGAGCGGAGGGAAAUCCAAAGGAGAGAGGAACAAAGAAUCCAUAGGGGCCGCGCCCGAAUAUUUAGGGGCCGCAUAGGGAGGGGGCCAUAUGAGGGUCCUUCCGAUGGAGCAGAAAGGGCAGAACCGAGAGGAGGGUGGAGGGGCCGGGGAGGAAGAAGGGGCAGUAGGGGAACGUGA